GAAGAGGGAAGAAAGAGAGGGAAACUUUAUAUUUUUUUUUAUUUCAUAGGGUCCCAAGAAAUAUUAGUUUCUGUUCAUUACACCGAAAAUAUCUCUGUAAAUAUUUAAACGUCAGAAAAAAUUCAGUCUAUAAUAUUCAAUGAAUGUGUACAUAUAUUCAGAUUAUUCUGGUUGGUUUCUUGUUCAUUGAGCUGGUUUGGAUCCGUCAAAUUGAUGGCUGCAGCUUGGGACUCAUUUCAAAAUAAUGCAAUUAGUUUUGUAGUUGAAACUAAUUCAUUGAACUGGGACACGAAUUUCCCAGCGGUGUCUGUGUGCGAGACAGAGAAUCCAAGUGGAGUAAGCAGCUACGCCUCAAGAGUUUAUGGGUCGCAGUACGAUUUCACCUUGGACGAGGUAUUGAAAGAAAUUGCCUACUUCUCAGGCGUUACAUACUACACAAAACAAUAUUGCUCAAAAAAUGACUCAAACUGCCCUCAAAACAAUUUUAAGGACAUAACGGUUGCUAUUAGAAGCUCGUGUGAGGACAUUUUCUUCGAGUGCAGAUGGAAUAACAAGCCGUUCAACUGCUGUCGAGAGUUCAUUCCAGUUGAAACAGAAUUGGGGACAUGUUUCAUAAUCAACUCAGAUCAUGGACUCUCAGCGAGGAAAGACACUAAAGGAGCUCUUCGCUUGAUAUCAAAUCGUGAGAAAGGAGCAGGCCGCCUCUUAAUUGCCCUGAAGCAAAAAGCGCAAGUCUACACACACACUAGAGCAGACGUUCCCUUCUACAACGCCGACGCAUCAAAUGUGUUUAUUCUGCAAAAUCCACAGACGCACAUGGACUUCAGCAUUAUCCUAAAAGAAACAGUCAACGAUGAUGAGGUGGCUUCGGUGAGCAUCAAGCAACGAAAGUGUCGCUUCGCUGAAGAAAACAGGUUGACCGUGAGCGACCGCUACAGCUUCAGCGCCUGCAUUAUUAAUUGCCGCCGCAACAAGCAACUCGAGCUUUGUAACUGUACUUCUCACCUCAUACCAAAGUCAAAAUCAAGUGAACAAUGUGAUUUAGACGGGCUGUUAUGUUUAAAUAAUAAUUAUCUUCAAUUAUCACUGAAAAAGUCUCAAGGCUCCCUCCAAGGUGGCAACGACUGUUACUGUGAACCCAACUGUGAUGACAUUGAGUUGCAGCGGAUAGAUGGGGAGAUUACCACGAUAGCAGAGCCACUGUAUUCUAUGGAAUUGAAACUUGCUUAUUUGCCAAGUGAAAGGUUCCGCCGUAAUGUUGUGAGGCGUCAAAUAGAUUUAGUUGUCUCUAUGGGAGGUGCGGUUUCAUUGUUUGUCGGUGCUAGCUUACUUAGUACAGUUGAGAUAAUUUACUACUUCACGAUUCGUCAACUUGGAAGCUGUUGGCUGCAGUAUACAAGAAACGCAGGCACGACAAAAAUACAUUUUAAUGAAUAGAG